AUGGGACCCGGAAGGCAUUUUCACUGCUGCAUGCAGAGCAUGCACUGCAUACGUGGGUUUUACCGUGGCCGGAGCUUCGUCCUGGAGUACUGCCGGCAGAAAACCGUCGGCACCGCGGCGCUGGGCGCCCUCAUGGCUUUGCUGAUCGCCGUCACCGUGGCCGGCAACGCGCUGGUGAUGCUGGCUUUCGUGGCGGACUCCAGCUUGCGCACCCAGAACAACUUCUUCCUCCUCAACCUGGCCAUCUCGGAUUUCCUAGUAGGUGCCUUCUGCAUUCCUUUGUACGUGCCCUACGUGCUGACAGGGAGAUGGAUCUUCGGGAGAAGCCUCUGCAAACUCUGGCUGGUAGUUGAUUACCUGCUCUGCACCUCUUCGGUCUUCAACAUCGUGCUGAUUAGCUAUGACAGAUUUCUCUCGGUGACAAGAGCGGUCUCCUACAGAGCCCAGCAAGGCAACACCAGGCGAGCAGUGCUGAAGAUGGUGAUGGUGUGGGUAUUAGCAUUCCUGCUUUAUGGACCUGCCAUUAUCAGCUGGGAGUACAUCUCGGGGGAGAGUAUCAUACCCACUGGGGAAUGCUAUGCUGAGUUUUUCUACAACUGGUACUUUCUCAUGACAGCCUCCAUGCUGGAGUUUUUCACCCCUUUUAUCAGUGUAAUGUUUUUCAACCUGAGCAUUUACCUGAACAUACAAAAGCGUACCAAAUUACGCCUGGAUGUUUUCCACGAAGUGCACAACCAGCCCUUUGCUGAAGAGAUGGAAAUGAGUCCAGAAACAAAGUUUGCUUCAAAAUGCUGCAAGUGGGAGCAGAAGGAGCCAGCUGAAACCCUCGGCCUCUCUAAGAGUGAAGCACAAGCAGCAGCUUCUACCGGUGCAAAAGACCUGCUGACAGCCAGCUCGGGGAGAUCCCAGUGCUGCAAUAAAAAGGGCUGUAAGAAUUCAGCAUCCGCACUGUCCUUAGAGAAAAGGAUGAAGAUAGUCUCCCAGGGCAUGACCCAACGCUUCAGGCUCUCCAGGGACAAGAAAGUAGCCAAAUCGCUGGCAAUCAUUGUGGGUGUUUUUGGCAUUUGCUGGGCGCCGUACACCCUCCUUAUGAUUAUCCGUGCUGGCUGCCACGGCCACUGCAUCUCUGACUACUGGUAUGAGACUUCCUUUUGGCUGCUGUGGAUCAACUCAGCUGUCAACCCCGUCCUAUAUCCUCUCUGUCACUACAGCUUCAGAAGAGCUUUUAUUAAACUCCUCUGUCCGAAGAAGCUGAAGAUUCAACCUCAAGAUCCCCUGCAGAACUGCUGGAAAUGAAGCAAUCCUUGGAUGUGGGAAAGCCUUUGUAGCAGGCGUAGCAUUGCUUCUCCAGAAGCUGGGAUCACUGCUCUGCAGCACACGAGGAAGGCAGCUGGGAGACCACUGUUCACUUAUGCCAGUUCAUCACCGACAAACCCAAGCAGAACAGAGGAGGGAGGAGGUUGGGUUUUUUCCAUUUUAACGUUACCCAUAGGCAGUGAUGUGUCCUCCACCUGCACAGCAGAGCUUUGCUGCCACCUAGUCAGCCUGAGCAGCACCAACGUUUUGUUGAAAUAAGAAACCCAGAAAAUGAAUGCCUACCCCAAACCCACCGGACUAAACUCACGUUUAAACCAUUAAACUAGAGGUUAUGUGAUUGCAAACCUGAUUUUUACUGAGAAUGGGUUUUGUUUUGUUCUCUUUGCGCUUAAGUUAUUACGAGAUGAUACAGCAAGAAUGAACCACAGAAAGAAGGAAUGCCUCAUUUAUCAUUACUUCUACAGCAGCUACAGCCAUAACGUAGAUCCUCAUUGCAUAUGGUGCAAGGUCCUUUCCACUCUCCAAGAAGGGCACAUCUCUGCCCCAAGCAGUCUACAGCCAGACUGAGCUUACAGCCAGGCUUCCUUUUAAAGCAGGAGACCUUGGUCAAGCUGAUCUAAGCAACACAAUUAUCAUUUUUUAAUUGUCUUUUUUAAGCAGUCAGCCAGCUCCUUCCACAGACAGAACAUCAGAUUCAAGAGACCAGGGCUCUAACCUAGCAUGAGAUAUUGGGCAUUUUAUUUCUGCUUCCCAUCUCAUUCUUUGUCAUACUUGCCCACGUAGACUCAAUAAGCUCUUUGGGAACAGGCAGCAUGGCCACAAAGAAAAGACCAACUCCCAUCUCUGCAGGCACUGCUCACUGCUGUAGUAAUACAAAUACAUCAUCAGUUGCCAUGGCAAGCACUCGUGUUGAACAGUAUUGCAAAGGAAGCUUGAGAUCAUAAGUCUGAAGACUACAUUUAUAAAUGGAAACCCAGUUGCUGUGAAGUUGUACCCACAAGCUUGUGAUGCUGUGAUUGCCAAUUACACUUAGCUGUCGUAAACAGUUUCUUGGCUGUUGCUAGGAAUAAACAAAAAUGCCAUCCUACUUUAUUCCAGCGAUGUUUGUUGAGUAGACCAAUAUUGUCAUCUGAAGUCAGGUUUAAAUGAUGUCUUGUUCUGUGUAUAUGAUAUUGCAGUCUUGUGACAAGUUCCAUCAGGCCAUAAAAUAUGAACUCAGAUACAUGUUUUGGAGUGUACUGAGAAGUGCCAGUGUGCACUGCUGAGCCUCGUGUACUUUCCUGUGUCCACUACCUUCUGAGAACGCCAGUAAAGUACUUUUAUACAAAUAAUUCAUGGUAAGCAGGACGUUGUUAGAAAUGAUGAAAUCCAACAUGUAUGAAUUAUGAAAGCAAAACCUGUAUCUAUUUGUCUGAGGAGACAAUGGAAGCCAAUAAAGAAAAGGCUCCUGAAAAAGCUGCAUUUCUUUUACUGCUGAUUAAAUGGGGUCUGGAUGUCACACAAAGUUGGUGGUGAGAGCGGGGCACUUAACUCUUUCUGGCUGUAGUUCUUUUCCAGAGCAUGCUACGUGCAGCCUGCAUCUGAAAAGCUUACCUUAAACCUUUGUGACUCAUGAAAUCCACUCAACUGCCUAAAAAAAGACAAAAUCAUAAUCACAGAAUCAUAGGGGCUGGAAAGAACCUCUGGAGACCAGCUAGUCCAACCCUGUGCUAAAGCAGGUUCCCUGCAGUGGGUGAUGUGAGUGAGGGCCCAAUUCCCAGCUGUGUUUCUUCUCAUUUGCUCAUAAAGACAGAGAGGGCUACAAGAUCCAGCCUGAUAAAAGAAAAGUUACGUUACACCUACAGAAAAGGGUGGAGGAGUUGUUGGUUCUGUCAUACCUGGUAUUAAAACGAGGCUUUCAUGUUUUCAUCCUCUUAUCUAUCUUUUACCAGGUAAUUUACCUAUCAUUUUACCAGAAAGGAAAUUUAAUGGAAAAUAUUAAUCUGAAAGAACUCUUUCUAUUCUGUGGCUAACAGGUAGAUCUCUGACAAAUUAGAUGUGAGAAUACUUUCCUCGCUAUGGUUUGUUUCUUACUGACCAAAUGAAUUCACAAAUGAAGAAUGUACCAGUCUUUCCUAUAUGAGACAUUUGCCUGAGUAAGGAUGGACUGGUAAUUGAGCUUCAUAAUAGAAUAAAGCAGGGAGAUGUCACAGGUGCUGUUUUUCCUUCUUCCUCCACACUGCAGUACACAUAAAACAGGUUAUUAUAAGACCAGACCAGACAGUACCCACAGACCAGAGCUAAGAAACAGGGAGCAUAUGGUGAGUUACCAGGUUCUUUUUCCUCUUUCUGUAAAAUUGUUCCUUUCUGGAGUAUAAAUUCACUGUAUGACAUUGAAAAAGAAAGAAGAGUUGCCAUUCUAGCUGGUUUUCCUGCAGGU